AUGACGUACAAUAACUCACACUUCAACUACCACCAUCUAAACAGAUCACACUAUGUACUCUAUUCAGAGUGGAACAAGGAUGAAUUUCCAAAUCCGACUCGAACCGCCCUGGGAUCUAGACUCGAGGGCCCAAGCAAAGAUUCUGCUAAUCCCAAUGACUUGAAGAUAGACGACGAAUACUGGGAUAAUUAUUUGGAAGAGGAGGAUUAUCAGCUGUUCAAGAAUGCGAAAUUGGAGAGUAACGGCGUAGUGACAUUUACAAUUGCAAACCUCUCACUACCAUUACCAUCACAGAACACUGCAUUGGAGGUGCAUAAUGAGGAGAGCUCUACGUUAACGGGGUCGAUAUUUGUUAGAGAUGGCAGAGUAAUUGCGAAAGCUAAGCAUAGGCAACUGACGGGCGGGCUCUAA